AUGGUACAGAAUUUUAAGAAACCUUCAGUGAUAAUUAAAGAUUUACAACCAUUCCAUGAACAUGUAGUGAUAGCAAAGAACUUCAAGGAAAAAGCACGCAACAAAGUAAUAAAAAAACCAAAUGAAAUUUCUGCAGCUACUUCAUCAAAGCAACUUCACAAUGCUGCUCCCACACUUCCUGUACAUUCUCCCCACUCUCCGGUACAUCCGAAUUCUUACCCAAAUGUUCAGCAUAAUAAACUUUCUGGUCGCUAUAUCUACAAUAAGAAACCACAGCAGAAAUCUGAUAACAAACUAUUCAAUGCUAAGCAGUUGGCUAUCAACAUAAAUGAUUUUAGUGAAUCCGAAAGAUUUUCACCAAGUUACUCGCCCAUUACUUGCAAUUGCAUUAAAUCGCCCAAUGAGACAAUAACCCCAAAGGAAAGGAAUUAUUUUGAUUUUAGCCACAGUUCAGCAACAAAUAAGUCUAUCAAAGAGCAGACAUUUAAUGUGUCCAGCUCUCAGAUAUAUCGUAAAUACAACAACCAUGAUCAUUUACUGCCCAUCCCACAAAGCUCAUUCGAAAAGAUGUCGACAAGUGAUUUAAAUUUAAAAAGAAUAGCUAAGAAAUCGCCCUUAAUUUCUCAACAGUCUCGGUUUGAAAAGGCAAAUAUAACAGCGUAUGAUAACUCACAACGACUCGGCCGACUUGCGGCACAUCAUGACAAUCAGAAUAAAUACCAUUACGCAUUCGCAUUCAGUAAAUCGGAGCAAACAUCACCAAAUAAUAUAGAUAUAAAGAAGUCGACAUUUGCAUAUGAUAAUAACGAUCCGAGAAGUGCAAGUUCUUUGCUCUACGUUUCAUCCAUGGAUCCGUGGACAAAGAAAAGUGAAUUUCAGCCGGAUGGACUUAAUCAAUAUAGCGAGAAUGCGGAUCCUUGGAUAAAACGAUCAACCGAAUCCCAAAUAAAAUCGCCGCGUUUGAAAGAUAAAGCACAAAAUGGCCAGAUAAAAUCAUUUUCUUCGGCCAAACGGGAACUUUCCUUGGAUACACAUAAAAAAUCGAAUUAUUUGCAACCAGAAGUGCAAAGACAUCAAAGCUUACGAAAUGGGGCAGAUUAUGUCCUCUCCGCUCCACCUUCUCCACACUUUUUGAAAACCUCAAAUGAUGCUUCUUGUAUUGUAAUUCGUUCGCCCAACGAAGCUAUUCAAACGAAAUCUGCCAGCUUUUCACCAGCUAGAGGUAAAAAUUUGCUUAAUCCAUUCGGAGAUAUUGCUAUUUGUGAUGACAAUAUCACGCGACAUUCUUUUCAAACGCAAGCUGCUGCUAAACCAGAUCCAUUGAGGCAUACCGAACAUUCAAAUUGUAAUUUAACUGUUAAUAAUUCCAAACGAUUGCAGAAUAGACAUAGCUUUUCGUCUAUAUCGGAGCAAUCGAAAGAAGAACUUCAGCUUAAUAUCCGUCGUCUAUCCGAGCAAAUGAGCCAACUGUCAUUGAAGAAGAUAUUUAAAUUUUCAUUAAGCGAUUGCAAUGUGAACAAUAAAGGAGAUUCUAUUCAAAGUUCAGACCAGCAAACACAAACUACCGACAUCUUAGCAAAAGCCCAGAAGCAUGGAACACACGACACGGGAAAUAAUAAAGGGUGUGCUAAGGAGAUUUCGAAGUGUAAGGAAAGCUUCAGCCCCAAAGUUUCCACAGUUCUUGGCAAUACUAAAGUCUAUGCUAGCUGUCAAAAGCGAAAUCCAAUGCAAGAAACCACCUGUUGAAUCUAUUGUUCAAAAUUAAAAUUCAAAAACGUUGCAAACGUGGAUAUUCAUAUUCUACAUAUUCGAAUCAAAAUAAAUUACAUAAGUAUACAAAAUAAUUAAUGAAAUUUGUACUAGCAGCUUAUAAUUUAAGUCUGCAAGUUUUACAGUAUACAUGCAUUUAUAUUUAAAAACAAAAACAAAAAAUGGGAAUGCCUAUAUAUUCCUACUAUGUUUUAAGUUCUAGGUUUAAAUACAUUUGCAAGCAUUAACGGCACCUAUUUUCUAAUGUAUUAUUUCAUUUCAUUGUACGCAUAUAAUUUUUUGUAAAUCCAUUUAAUUGAUUGUAAUAAAGUCAUAUAUCAAUUCUAAAA